AUGGCCACUCUGAAUCUCUCCUCCAAUGGCCCUUCAAUAUCGAAGUCCUAUCAACAUGUGCUCAAUGCACCGAAUCUGCCCACUGAUUCUCCAACCUACGGCCAAUGGGCCGUCUUUGCGGUGUCCACCCCUCUUGUGAAUGCCUUUCAAAGUGCAGCAAACAAAGAAAGUAUUCUGAAAGUCCAGUCCACUGGAGAGGGCGAGUUGGUUGAUCUCAUAGACGAAUUUUCGGAGGGCAGAAUCCAAUUUGCCUAUGUUAAAAUCAAGGACAUGAAUACCGGGCUACCAAAGCAGGUUUUAAUCGCUUGGUGUGGAGAGGGUGUACCGGAGCGAACCAAAGGAUACUUUACAAGUCAUCUGUCCGCAGUAUCGAAGUUCUUACAUGGGUUUCACGUGCAGAUCACUGCUCGUUCAGAUCGGGACCUGUCUCCAGAAAGCAUCAUUCAGAAGGUCGCCGAUGCCUCGGGGGCGAAAUAUUCAGUUUCAAACGCACCUCCCCAAGUUGAUAUUUCGUCCAAACCUCAAUUAGCAAAUACAUCAUCGGUUUUCACUGCCAAGCGGGCUGGCGGGAUUACUCACGAAAAAGCUCCUGUUCGCAACACACCAUCUACUGAACAGAAGGAUCCCCAUGAUGAUGGCUGGGGUCCGGAUGCCCCACCUAUUAGCAGGACGGGGCUUGAGAAGGUUAAGCCUGCUUAUCAACCCACCAGGGUGAAUAUGCAGGAAUUGAAAUCAGUCCAGACAGAAACGUCAAGAAUGGGACGAGAGCAAAUUCCGACAGAUCGUGAUAAUGUUGUGAAGGGAGGCUAUCGCCCUAUCGGAAAGGUUGACAUUGCUGCCAUACGUCGGCAAGCCCGUGAAACAGGACAGCUGAAAGAUGACCGGCCAGAGCCUGUUAAGGGAGCAUAUGAGCCUGUCGGCAAAGUCGAUAUUGCUGUCAUCCGUGCUCGGGCACACAAGCCCAGCGAUGUGCCCGUGGAUUCUUCCUAUGAACUGGCAGGAAAACCAACCACAAUCGAAUCAGAGCCUACAUCAGAACGUUCCACCGUAACCACAUCGUCUUCGCGCUUGACAAGCUUGCCGAAACCAAAGGUUUCUAGCCAUCUUAAGUCAACCUCGCCAUUCACAAAGGCAGGUUCUUCUGAUGCCAGCGGAUUUGCAACCCAAUCAACUCCCUCUACUGCCCCGGUCGGCGCUGCAAGCAGAACAUUCGCUGAUGAGGGGGGUAAGACACCUGCACAGUUAUGGGCUGAGAGAAAGGCAAAGGAACGUGCCGCAGGGGCCCUCGAUAGCCCACCUACUGUCGAUAAAGUCAUUUUUCCCGCUCAGGGUCAGCCGUCAGACACAAAAUCGUGGAAGAGUUCAUAUACCGGCAAGUCGUGGGCUCCAGUUCAGACCACACACAUAGCCAAGUCUAUGACAGAUGAGGAUGCUACAACUAUUGCCUCAAACCUGCCACACAAGGAUGUCGGCGUUGAGGGCCUGGCUUUGGAAGAUAAUACAGAAACGCUCCCUGAAAAUGAAGACACAGACCCCAAACCAAGCGAUAUUGAGCAUAACAUACCGCUGCCCGAAUUGUCUGCUAGGCCGGUUGAACCAGAAAUAAGCUUUGAAACUGCAACUGCAGCUGUGGUUCCUACCCCCCCCCAACAACCCCGUUCACCAACCCCACCAACCCCUCCCGUUGAGCAUGAAUCCUCGCCAAUCCGUGUCGCCAUUCCUGUUGGCCGAGGAGUCUCAGAUGCUCACGAGGAGCAGUACAGCCCACCACCAGCUAUGCCUAUCCGCAGUCUGGAAGAAGUGCUGCCUGAAACUAGUGUUCAUGAUGAACCAGUCGAAGAUAUGGGUCGUGAGACUGCAGAAGCUCUCACUGGCGAUUUAGUAGCCCAGCCUAGUGGCAUUCGCGCACUGGUGCAAUACGACUAUGAGAAGGCAGAGGACAACGAAAUUGACCUGAAAGAAGGUGAAUUUGUUACUGACAUUGAGAUGGUAGAUGAGGACUGGUGGUUAGGAGUGAAUAUUAGUGGUGAACGGGGCCUUUUCCCUAGUAACUACGUCGAAGUCGUUGAAAGUGGUCGCCAUACGCCAGAUCUAAGUACCCAAGAACAUAAGCCCGAACUGGAGGAACAGUCGCUACCAGUUCCCACUGCACCCUCGGAUGAAUCUACAGACCAUGGUCAGACUACUCUGAGCAAUGGACCGACAGCAACUGCAAUUUACGAUUAUGAGGCUGCUGAGGAUAAUGAAAUCAGUUUUAACGAAGGUGCCAAGAUAGUUAAUAUAGAAUUUCCCGACGAUGACUGGUGGCUCGGAGAGUUUGAAGGCAAGACAGGUCUUUUCCCUGCAAAUUAUGUACAGCUCGAUGAUUGA